AAUUCAAGAGUGAUCUCAUUUCCUGAAGUACGAAAGCAUCUUUUACAGCAACAUGUCUAAAGCCAUUUACCUUACCAAAAUUGACGGCAAACCGGGCCAAGUCUACUAUCCCCUCUCCGUGCAGACACAGGCCAAGCCUACCCCACAAGGCCGCGAGCUACUCAUCAAGCUCACCGCAGCCUCACUCAACCACCGCGAUGUCUUCCUGCGUCAACAUUUGUACCCAGGCGUCACAUUCGACGUCCCUCUCGGCGCAGACGGCGUGGGCAUGGUCGUCGCGGCCGGACCUGAGGUGAUUGAUCCGCAGCGCUGGCAGGGGAAACGGGUGAUCUUAAACCCUGGGAUCGGUUGGGAGAGCUCGCCGGACGGCCCGGAGGAUCCCAAAGGAUAUCGAAUUAUGGGCGGAACCAAGUUGUAUAACAAGGGAACGCUCCAAGAGUAUGUGACCAUCGAGGAGUCGGAGGUUGAAGAGGCGCCGGAGCAUUUGUCUGAUGCCGAGGCCGCGGCGCUCCCUCUCACCGGGCUGACUGGAUGGAGGGCACUGGUGGUCAAAGCUGGCGAUAAGAACUCAAGCAAAGGAGCUGCCAUCUUGGUGACUGGGAUCGGAGGUGGAGUGGCUCUCAUGGUACUGCGAUUCGCGGUCGCGCGGGGAGUUAACGUGUAUGUGACCAGCUCGAGCGAGGAGAAGAUCAAAAGGGCAGUUGAACUGGGGGCCAAGGCCGGUGUCAAUUACAAGGAGGAGGGGUGGGAGAAGAAGCUGUUGAGUCUGUUGCCGCCUGGUAAGGCGGCUUUCGAUGCCAUUAUCGACGGGGCCGGAGGCGAUGCGGUCGAGAAGGCUGUCAAGCUACUCAAGGUGGGUUGUGACCUGUCGUUGUCUGCUUGUAAUAAAUAAUACUGAUGUACCCAGGCUGGUGGUAUCCUUUCAGUCUAUGGGAUGACGGUCGCUCCCAAAAUGUCCUUCUUGAUGCAGGCGGUGCUGAAGAACAUCGAGGUUCGUGGAUCGACGAUGGGCUCGCGCAAAGAGUUCAAAGACAUGGUCGAGUUUGUGAGGACGCAAAAGAUUCAUCCGGUUGUCUCGCGUGUGCUUCAAGGUGAUCUUGGUGAUAUUUCGGCACUCGAUGAUCUUUUCCAGGAUAUGAAAGAGGGCAAACAAUUUGGCAAGCUAGUCUUUGAGUUUGGCAAAACGUCCGGCAGUAAGCUCUGACCUGCAAGAUUGAGCGCCAAUGAUCAGUAUCAUCCUGUAGGUUGGCAGGGAAGCAAAUACU